CCACCUCCUUCCUUACCGUCCCCUCCCUCCUUCUCCUCCUCCUUCCUCCCCUCCUCACCUCUUAAUCUGUCCACCACCCCCCCUCGCCGCGCUCUCUUCGUUCACGUAUACAGCCUGUUUUACUCUACUACUACACUUUGUUCGCAAAACACACGCGCCGACACACACACCACACCACACACAACCGAUACCCCGCACACAACUUGAACCCCACUCUUCUACUUCCAUCGCAGUAACAACAACAACCCGACGCAUCAACCUUUGCGGCUCAUCUCGACCGCUCACAAUCUCACCUCGAAUCCCCAGCUACAUAGACUUUUUGGGCUGAGCCCUCUCCGUCGCACACGCAACAACCCCGCAACUCCGACUCCCACUCCAACGCCGCUGCUCGCAACGCGCGUCAUCUCUGUAUCCACCCGUCCGGUCCCAUCGGUCGACAUCUGCACUCGACUCUUCACGACACCUCAAUCAAUCCACCCUCGCAUUGUCUCUUGCCGCCCUCUUGCCAUUGUUCUCCUCGUCUCCUCGUGACCCCGAGGCUCUGUGCGUACACUGUAAUUUCGUCGACGCGGUCAAGAUCGCUCGAUAAACCCCGAACCCGAACCACCCUCUUCCCUCGUCUCUGUGCAACAUUUUUUUAGACAAUGGUCGCCUACCCGAAUGGCUAUGGCUCGUCGGCCAACGCAAGUGCCGCCCUGCAGAACAGCAACGGCAAUGUCCACGGCGGCUCGGCCACACCCACCGUCAAAGUCCAGCCCCUUCUGUGCUCGGGCCACACGAGGCCCGUGGUUCAUCUCCAGUUCUCCAACAUCCUCCAGGAUGGUACCUAUCUCCUGAUCUCGGCCUGUAAGGACGGCAACCCAAUGCUGCGCAACUGGCUUGGCGACUGGAUUGGCACCUUCCUUGGCCACAAGGGCGCAGUCUGGUCCACCAAGAUCUCGCUCGACACAUCGCGUGCUGUUACAGGAUCCGCCGACUUUACUGCCAAGAUUUGGGACACGAACACUGGCGAGGCGCUUCACACAUUUGCGCACAACCACAUUGUGCGGUCGGUUGCCCUCAACCCUCAGGUGCAGCCCCAAUACCUCUUGACUGGCGGCAACGAGAAGAAGAUUCGUCUCUUCGACCUCAACCGCACCGACGCCCAGCCCCUGGUUCUUGGCAGCAACCCCGAUGGCCUGUCAUGCGAGGGUGUUAUCCGGAGCAUUGUCUGGGACGAGGGCCAGGGCGGCACUGUUGGUGUUUCUGCGGCUGAAGACGGCAAGGUCCGUUGGUGGGACCUAAGGUCACUGUCGCAGAUUGGUGAGGUCGACCUUGGCGGACCUAUCAACUCGAUGGAGCUGGCACACGGCGGCGGUACGCUAGCUGUUGCGCAGGGCAAGAAUGUGCACUUCCUCGACAUCCUGAGACAGCACCCUCCGGUUUCCAUUGGCCUGCCUCACGAGGUGACAUCGGCGUCGCUUCACCCCUUCCUGCGUGACCGUUUUGUCGCUGGCUCGUCUGGCGACCCCUGGGUGCGCGUGUACGACCUCGACUCGGGCGCGGAGCGCGAGGUGUACAAGGGCCACCACGGCCCUGUGCUGUGUGCGUCGUACUCGCCCGACGGCGAGGUGUACGCGAGUGGCAGCGAGGACGGCACGAUCAGGUUGUGGCAGACGCAGCCUGGCAAGUCGUACGGACUGUGGCAGACGCAGGAUUAGGGGGGGUAGUUGACGCCAGGGCGGGGAAGGGCUGAGAUGGCUGGCGGAGUGAGGGGCGGAUGAUGAGGCCGAAUACAGAACAGGGAGAAGGAUAUUGCCGCGUCAGGAGUAUAGACGGCGCGGAUGUACUUUGGUAUGCAGUGGUGGGU